CAGCAUUCUUCCUAUUUAAAGCUGCAUCGCUUGAAAAAAGUUUUCGCAGACUGUGCUGGAGCUGGUGCUGAAAAUCGGGGUUUGCAGAGGCUGCCCUGAGGCUGGUGCUGAAAGGAGAAGAACACACAGCUGACUUCAUGGUGCUACAAUAACCUUAGAAUCUACUUUUCACUCCCAAGAGGACCCACAUGUCUAAUAUUUAGACAUGAUGGCAAGCUGGGUGGAAGCAAGACCUCUUCUCAUUCUUACUGUUUUAUUAGGGCAAUUUGUCUCAAUAAAAGCCCAGGAAGAAGGCGAGGAUGAAAUUGACUAUGAGGAAGAAAUAACCUGCAGUCAGCAUGGCCAGAUAUACUUAAACAGGGACAUUUGGAAACCUUCUCCUUGCCAGAUCUGCGUCUGUGACAAUGGAGCCAUUCUGUGUGACACCAUACAGUGCGCGGAAGUGCUCACUUGUGCCAAUCCGGUAACUCCCACCGGGGAGUGCUGUCCUGUCUGCCCACAUACACCCGGGGGUGGCAAUACCAAUUUUGGUAGAGGAAGAAAGGGGCAAAAAGGAGAACCAGGUUUAGUGCCUGUUGUAACAGGCAUUCGUGGCCGUCCAGGACCAGCAGGACCACCAGGAUCACAAGGACCAAGAGGAGAGCGAGGCCCAAAAGGAAGACCUGGUCCUCGUGGUCCUCAGGGAAUUGAUGGAGAACCAGGUGUUCCUGGGCAGCCUGGUGCUCCGGGGCCCCCUGGACAUCCAUCUCACCCGGGACCAGAUGGCAUGAGCAGGCCAUUUUCAGCUCAGAUGGCUGGGAUAGAUGAAAAAUCUGGACUUGGAAGUCAAGUAGGAUUGAUGCCUGGCUCUGUGGGUCCUGUUGGCCCAAGAGGACCUCAAGGUUUACAAGGGCAACAAGGUGGUGUAGGACCAACAGGACCUCCUGGUGAACCUGGUGAUCCUGGACCAAUGGGUCCCAUUGGUGCACGUGGGCCAGAGGGCCCUCCUGGGAAACCUGGUGAAGAUGGUGAACCUGGUAGAAAUGGAAACGUUGGUGAAGUAGGAUUUGCAGGAUCUCCGGGGGCUCGAGGCUUUCCUGGGGCUCCUGGUCUACCUGGCCUGAAGGGUCACCGAGGACAUAAAGGUCUUGAAGGCCCUAAAGGUGAAGUUGGAGCAACUGGUUCCAAGGGUGAAGCUGGCCCUACUGGUCCAAUGGGUGCCAUGGGUCCUCUGGGACCAAGAGGAAUGCCAGGAGAGAGAGGGAGACUUGGGCCACAGGGUGCUCCUGGACAACGAGGUGCACAUGGCAUGCCUGGAAAACCUGGGCCAAUGGGUCCUCUUGGGCUAGCUGGCUCCCCUGGUUUUCCAGGAAAUCCUGGAAUGAAGGGAGAAGCUGGUCCUACUGGGGCACGAGGCCCUGAAGGUCCUCAGGGACAAAGAGGUGAAACUGGGCCUCCAGGUCCAGUUGGCUCUCAAGGCCUUCCUGGCGCAAUAGGAACUGAUGGUACGCCUGGUGCCAAAGGCCCAACGGGCUCGCAGGGUACCUCUGGUCCUCCUGGCUCAGCAGGGCCUCCUGGAUCUCCUGGACCUCAGGGUAGCACUGGACCUCAGGGAAUUCGAGGCCAACCGGGUGAUCCAGGAGUUCCAGGUUUUAAAGGAGAAGCUGGCCCAAAAGGGGAACCAGGGCCACAUGGUAUUCAGGGUCCAAUAGGCCCACCUGGAGAAGAAGGCAAAAGAGGUCCCCGAGGUGACCCAGGAACAGUUGGUCCUCCAGGUCCAGUGGGGGAAAGGGGUGCACCUGGCAAUCGUGGGUUUCCAGGCUCAGAUGGUUUACCUGGACCAAAGGGUGCUCAAGGAGAACGGGGUCCUGUAGGUUCUUCAGGACCUAAAGGGGGCCAAGGAGAUCCAGGACGUCCUGGUGAACCUGGGCUUCCAGGUGCUCGGGGUCUGACAGGAAAUCCUGGAGUUCAGGGUCCCGAAGGAAAACUUGGACCAUUAGGUGCUCCAGGGGAAGAUGGCCGUCCAGGUCCUCCAGGCUCUGUAGGAAUCAGAGGGCAGCCUGGGAGUAUGGGCCUUCCAGGCCCGAAAGGUAGCAGUGGUGAUCUUGAAAAACCUGGAGAAGCAGCUUCUGGUCCCGUGGGCCCCCCGGGUCUGGCUGGGGAAAGAGGAGAACAGGGACCGCCAGGCCCCACUGGCUUUCAGGGGCUCCCUGGCCCUCCAGGGCCACCUGGGGAAGGUGGAAAGCCAGGUGAUCAGGGUGUUCCUGGAGAUCCCGGAGUGGUUGGCCCAUUAGGACCUAGAGGAGAACGAGGAAACCCUGGGGAAAGAGGAGAACCAGGAAUAACCGGGCUUCCUGGUGAGAAGGGAAUGGCUGGAGGACAUGGUCCUGAUGGUCCAAAAGGAAGCCCAGGUCCAACUGGAACCCCUGGAGAUACAGGCCCGCCAGGUCUUCAAGGUAUGCCAGGAGAAAGAGGUAUUGCAGGAACUCCUGGACCCAAGGGUGACAGAGGUGGCAUAGGAGAGAAAGGCGCCGAAGGCACAGCUGGAAAUGAUGGAGCACGAGGUCUUCCGGGUCCCUUGGGCCCUCCAGGUCCUGCCGGUCCCACUGGAGAAAAGGGCGAACCUGGUCCUCGAGGUUUAGUUGGCCCUCCUGGCUCCCGGGGCAAUCCUGGUUCUCGUGGUGAAAAUGGCCCGACAGGGGCUGUUGGUUUUGCUGGACCUCAGGGUCCUGAUGGGCAGCCUGGAGUAAAAGGUGAACCAGGAGAGCCAGGCCAGAAGGGCGAUGCUGGGUCUCCUGGACCACAAGGGCUGGCAGGAUCCCCUGGACCUCAUGGUCCUAAUGGUGUUCCUGGACUAAAAGGUGGUCGAGGAACUCAGGGUCCACCUGGUGCUACAGGAUUUCCUGGUUCUGCUGGCAGAGUUGGACCUCCAGGCCCUACUGGAGCUCCAGGACCUGCAGGGCCCUUAGGGGAGCCUGGGAAGGAGGGUCCUCCAGGUCUUCGUGGGGACCCUGGUUCUCAUGGACGAGUGGGAGAUCGAGGACCGGCUGGCCCUCCUGGUGGCCCAGGAGACAAAGGGGACCCAGGAGAAGAUGGGCAACCUGGUCCAGAUGGUCCCCCUGGUCCAGCUGGAACUACUGGGCAGAGAGGCAUUGUUGGCAUGCCUGGGCAGCGUGGAGAGCGAGGCAUGCCUGGCCUGCCAGGCCCGGCGGGCACACCAGGAAAAGUAGGGCCAACUGGCGCAACAGGAGAUAAAGGGCCUCCUGGACCUGUGGGACCCCCUGGCUCCAAUGGUCCUGUAGGAGAACCUGGACCAGAAGGUCCAGCUGGCAAUGAUGGAACGCCAGGGCGAGAUGGUGCUGUUGGAGAACGUGGUGAUCGUGGAGACCCUGGGCCUGCAGGUUUGCCAGGCUCUCAGGGUGCCCCUGGAACUCCAGGUCCUGUUGGUGCUCCAGGAGAUGCAGGACAAAGAGGAGAUCCGGGUUCUCGGGGUCCUAUCGGACCACCUGGUCGAGCUGGGAAACGUGGUUUACUUGGACCCCAAGGACCUCGCGGUGACAAAGGUGAUCAUGGAGACCGAGGUGACCGAGGUCAGAAGGGCCACAGAGGCUUCACUGGUCUUCAGGGCCUUCCUGGACCUCCUGGUCCAAAUGGUGAACAAGGCAGUGCUGGAAUUCCUGGACCAUUUGGACCAAGGGGUCCCCCAGGCCCAGUAGGUCCUUCAGGUAAAGAGGGAAACCCUGGACCACUUGGGCCGAUUGGACCUCCUGGUGUGCGGGGCAGUGUAGGAGAAGCAGGACCUGAGGGUCCUCCUGGUGAACCUGGUCCACCUGGGCCUCCGGGUCCUCCUGGCCACCUCACAGCUGCUCUUGGAGAUAUCAUGGGGCACUACGACGAGAGCAUGCCAGACCCACUCCCGGAAUUUACGGAAGACCAGGCGGCCCCUGAUGACAAAAACAAAACCGACCCAGGGGUCCAUGCUACCCUGAAGUCACUCAGUAGUCAGAUUGAAACCAUGCGUAGCCCUGAUGGUUCUAAAAAACAUCCAGCCCGGACUUGCGAUGACUUAAAGCUUUGUCAUUCUACAAAGCAGAGUGGUGAAUACUGGAUUGAUCCUAACCAGGGAUCUGUUGAAGAUGCAAUUAAAGUUUAUUGCAACAUGGAGACAGGAGAAACAUGUAUAUCAGCAAACCCAUCUAGUGUACCACGUAAAACCUGGUGGGCCAGCAAAUCUCCUGACCACAAGCCUGUUUGGUAUGGUCUGGAUAUGAAUAGAGGAUCUCAGUUUGUUUAUGGAGACCAUCGGUCGCCCAAUGCAGCCAUCACUCAGAUGACCUUCUUGCGCCUUUUGUCCAAAGAAGCCUCCCAGAACAUUACUUACAUCUGUAAAAACAGUGUAGGAUACAUGGAUGAUCAAGCUAAGAACCUCAAGAAAGCAGUGGUUCUUAAAGGAGCUAAUGACUUAGACAUCAAGGCAGAAGGAAACAUUAGAUUCAGAUAUAUAGUUCUCCAAGAUACUUGCUCCAAGCGAAAUGGAAAUGUGGGCAAGACUGUCUUUGAAUAUAGAACACAAAAUGUGGCACGCUUGCCCAUCAUAGAUCUUGCCCCUGUGGAUGUUGGCAACACAGACCAGGAAUUUGGCAUUGAAAUUGGACCAGUUUGUUUUGUGUAAAGUAAGCCAACAUACAUCAACAAUGAGCACCACCUUCAACGACCACCACCAUUCACAAGAACUUUGACUGUUUGAAGUUGAUCCUGAGACUCUUGAAGUAAUGGCUGAUCCUCUAUCAGCAUUGUAUAUAUCGUCUUAAGUGCCUGGCCUCCUUAUCCUUCAGAAUAUUUAUUUUACUUAUGGUCCUCAAGUUUUAAUUGAUUUAAAAUAUUUUUCAAUACAGCAGUUUGGGUUUAAGAUGACUGAUGACAAAGACCACCUUAAAAAGAAAGUAAAGUGAUUGAUUAAAUAAAUAAAUCUCCUUUCCCCCUCCUCCCCCAGUUUAUUUCAGUGUAAUGAAAAAGUUGCUUAGUAUUUAUGAGGAAAUUCUUCUUCUGGCAGGUAGCUUACAGAGUGGAAUAUAUACAACCACAACACAUGUUUAUUUUGCUUUGCCGCAGUUUGAAAAGUAGUGAAUAUCCUUUUGUGACCUCUCAUUCCCAGAGUAUCAAUUAAAAAAUGAAUUGAAAUGCUUAACUUUUUAGUUGAAACCCACAUUUGUGUCUUGGUAGUGUAAACUAUUGUAGAGACUAUUUAAAGAGAAUCUUAAAAAAAAAAAAAAUGCCAAUGUCUCACUGCCUUAAAUGAAACUUUAAUAAUGUAGAGUCAAUGGAAUUUCAGAA